AUGUGUAAUACCAAGUGUCUCGUAUGUGGCGAUACGGCUAGAGCAAACCUUAAGUUUAAGGGAAAUUUGUCACCCUUUGCCAGUAGUAACAAUAAUGAAUGCAUGGUCACUAUAACUACGUAUGACUAUCGCAUUGCAAAUCAUAAUACGUUUAAUGAAUCUGAAGCCAAUAAAUUGGGGGAACUGUUGAAUGCAAACAAGUGUUUCAGUGAGAGAUUAAUACCGAUGACCGUACAGGCGGUCACCUUCAGGGAUGUCAACCAGUUGUUGGAGAAUAGACCCAACCUUUUGGACAGACAUAUCAGACGGCAGAUCAAGAUGUGUAAAAACUUGGCGGAGUUUAACAGUAUUUGCGAAACCGAUAGGAUAUCGUUGAUUAAGUCCUCGUGUUUAGAGCUGUUUCUGUUGCGAUCGCUCACUAAAUACAAUAUCAACGAACACUUCUGGUCUUUCCAUGUGCAUUACUACCCUUCGAGCUCCUGGAGGCCAGAUAUGUUCAAGAGUGCCUCGUAUGACAGUCUAUUAAGACAAGCGGACGGCACAUCCCUAACACGCCAUUGUAGUCCAGUUCCGGCCACUGGUUUCGUACGUGCACUCAAUCGAUAUGAUAUCACCGGGACGUUUGAAUUUAAUAUUGACCGUAUGGUCGUAAUCCAUGUACGGGUGCUCCAGGAUGUGCUCCAACUCGCGGUUAUGACGCACGUGUCGGACAACCAUUUUUCUGCCUAUUAUUGCAAUGAAAAUAUAGAUUAA